AUGUCUUCUAUCAGCGUUGUUUGCACUGUUAUGCGCGCGAUCAUCGCCACACGCCGUGACCAGGAUUACUCAGGCUUUGUCACACCUGCCGCUGCAACCGCUGAGGCCUUCGAAGACCCCUCCCUGCGUUGCAUUGUCAAGGCAACCGAUGCCUUCAUCUGCAAGUCUUCCACCCGCCCUGAGCUGCCGCACGCCAAGGUCCAAGCCUUGCGCCGGGUUUUUGAGGCGACUGAUUCUCAGACCAACACCAGGCGCAAGAGGGAUGAGCAGUCGAGCAAUAAUAACAGCUGCGAGCACACAAACAGUGAGUUUGCCAGCAUAAUGGACAGUUGCAAGUCGCAGAUGCGCAAUCUGCAGGAUGCUGCAAAGAACCCCGACAGUGAGGCUGCCCGCCACAGCCGCCAUCUGUGCAAUCGCCACAACUGGCGUCUCCGCCACAGCCGCUCUAGAAGAGCACAGCGCCUAAGCAAGGAUAAUACCCCUGUUUCUGGCUCAGUUCAAGCUCCAGCUCUCAAGACACAACCCGAUGAUUCUGAGAACAUAGCGGCAAAAGAGCACAGUCAGCACAAUCAAGGGCUACAUUUGGGGCCAGCGCAACAUAUCGCCAACGACCUCGAGCUAGUGCACCAGGACUACAACUAAAAUUAGUGCAAUCUCCAGCCGUCCUUUGUCCCAGAUCGCAGGGGAAAUUUUAGGCUGGUCUGCAAUGGCAGCAACAAAUAAUUUCACGAGUACCAGGUGGCCAUACAAAACUUUUAACCAAGCUCGGUGCUGUCGAGAGCUUGGGGGCCGAUGCCGCCAUGUGCAGCAAGAGGAAAAGCGUAGUGAAAAAUUCGGGGCCAAGUCAGAUUGCUUUGGAUCGCUUUG